CUACCGUAUAGAAAGUGUUAAAGCUCUACUGAAGUCAUUUAAACGACAGGCCACUGUCAGCCAUAUUAGUUUCUAUAGCCCUAAUAUCUACCAACCAGGUACUACCCAGGUGAAUGGUCACGCACGAAUGAUUUUGCUGUGAUUGUCAACGUGUUCGGAUCGCAUCGGCUAAUACAAAAGGCAUACUAAAGAAAAAAAUAAUACAUAGAAUUUCCGGAGUAUGAAACAUACGACAAAACGCAAAGGUUUCCGAAAUGCCCCGAGUUCAGAAAUAAAAUAAAAUACAUGUACUUUACUACUCAUUUUUGACGUUGACGAACUGCAGGCAACACACGGGCUCAAAGCGCACGACAAGGAAGAAUUCUAUUUCGAAUACCUACAGACCUAUCGGUUCUCAAUUCCAAAAUUUCAGGUAAGAAUUAUUUUUUAAAAGCAUAUCGGCUUACAUUGUACCUUUACAUGCAUUCAAUUGAAAAAAUAACGACGAAAACAUGAAAUAGAUAUACUUUGUAAAAGUGUUACAGAAUUCAACACGAACCGAGAAAAGCCACGCGUCUACCUCCAGCACGGACUGUUUACGAUAUACUCUGCCCAUGCGCAGAGCGGUGACUGAAAAUGAAAGUACAUCGAAAACGUGUAAACACAAGGGAGAAAUUAUUAGUUAUUGCUUCAAGAAGAUGAACGCUUACUAGGAUAGACACGAUUGGAAUGAAGUUUUAUAUAAACAAAAAUGUUGCUUUGGGUGGCACUUUAGACUCUAUUUUGUAUUGUAGCAGUGCCAUAAAUAUGGAUUUUGACAGAGAUGUCGACGAUAAUGUUGAUCAUAUCCAUGGUGAAGACGAAGAAAUGGAAGAACAGUAUGAUAAUACUGAUGAAGUAGAAAAUAUCAUAAAGGAGAUAUUUGGAUCAUCUGAUGAUGAACAUGAUGAAGAAGAUGAUGGUGGUGAUGAUGGUGGCAGUGAUGAUGAUGAUGAUGAUGAAGAAGAAAAAGGGAAUGAAAUGUGGCAAAAUAUAUCCAGUGAUAAAGACCAGGAGGAGAUGAACAUAUUGUCCGAUAGAAGAUUUGUUGUUGGGGAGAGGGAACUAUUGGACCUAUUGAAAAGGAGCACCUGUACAGAGUGUGGUGAUCCUAUCAUUCAAUCCUCCAUUGUUGAGGCAGAGAAAAUAGCAGCAGGAGUAAAGUAUAAAUAUACCUGCACUAAUGGUCAUGUUGGAAAGUGGAUCUCAACACCAUUUUAUGGAGGGAGGAGUGCUGUUGCAAUCCUGCUGCAACUAAUGGUACUUCUGUCAGGAGCAUCAUGGGAUCAGAUCAACAUGGGUGCAAAAUUUAUUAAUCUUGCAAUUGGAUCAGCAAGACAAUUCUAUAGAAUGCAACUUCAAUACAGAGUUGCAGUACAGAAAGUGUUCACUAAACACAUGGAAGAUAUUGGUGACAAACUGAAAGAGAUACCCCUGAGCCUGGCUGUGGAUGUAAGAUAUGAUACUCCAGGGUUUUGUGCCAACAAGUCUACAGCUGUCUUCAUGGAUGUAAAUUCAAAACACAUCAUACAUUUGGAGAUUGGAGAUUCUCGGGAGGUUGGGCGACACAGUCCUAAAAUGGAGAGGCUCCUGAUUGAGAGAGGUCUCAACUACAUUCUAAAUGUAUCACCGUAUGUAGUGUGGGAAAUAAUUUCUGAUGCUAGCAGAAAUAUAAUUUCCAUGAUGCGCACUGACCCCUUCAAACAUCUGCAGCACAGUUUAGACAUCUGGCAUAAAGCAAAGAAACUGGCCUUUCUGCUUGGAGAGAUAGCCAAGAAGGCAGCAAACAAAGACUUACUACCAUGGAUUCGUCCAAUUAUUAACCAUUUUUGGUACUGCUGCAGUGCAUCAAAAGGGAAUGUAGAAAAGUUAUUGAAAAAGUGGUUUGGCAUUCUCCAUCAUGUCACCAACCAACACAUUUGGCCUGGAGGAAGAUGUCAUCAUACUGAAAAUAACUUGGAGUCCUUAUCUUCAAAUAGAAAAUGGCUUCAUAGAAAUUCUUCUGCUUUUCAAGAACUAAGGAAAGCAAUAACCAAUAGGGAUUGGUGUGGAAGUAUGGCAUUCUAUGUCAACUGCCGGCAAACUUGGGCAAUUGAAAACUUUUUUAGCCAUACCCUUUUACACUAUGUUCCAAAAAGAGUGUCCUAUAGCUAUGAUUCCUACACCAUAAGAAACAUGCUAGCUGUAAUGGACCAUAACAACCAUCUUCAUAGGCUACCAAAGGUCACAGAGAGUGGUUUGCCCUAUGUUUAUUCCCACUUUUCACGGAAAACAAAGCAGUGGGUUGCAUAUGAAAAGAAGUCAAUCAAAGAAUACUCCUACAUUCCAGGACUCAUUAUAACCUGCAUGAAAGAAAUAUAUGGGAGAUCUUGUGCGGGUUAUACAAGGACUAGGCAGUCAAAAGAUCUUGACAACAUAUCUGCCAAUUUAUCAGGAUCAGCAAAUCCUGGGUCUCGGGUUUUACUUGCAGAAAUGAAAAGCAGAAAAAAAUGA